GCCAGUAUUCAGCCCGCGACCAUCGCGAGUGUACGCGUAACGCUUGGUAUUUCGCCUCGCCUCGCCUCGCCUCGCCUCCUUUCUCGUUUCGUUCGUCCAAAAGUGAAUUUUUAUAUUACGUGCAUACACGUACACGUACACGUACACACACACAUAUAUAUAUACAUCGGUGAGAAGAGCGAAUUCAUCGAUCCUCCCUCCGAUCUUUCCUUUUCGAUUCUUAUCCUCCCUUCCCCCUUCCUCUUGCCUUCUAUCUUCUUUAUUUACGUCCGACCGACGCAAACCGACACAUUGCUCUAUCCAACGCUCGUGAAAACAAUUCGACCCCUCGUUAAUCUUCUCCCUCGUUUUUCUCCGCAUAUUCGUCUAACGGGUAAAAACGGGGGGAAGGAAAGAGAAGGACGGGAAUCUUCGAUCUUCCGUCCGAUCUCGUUCGACUUUCGAAUCGAUCUCGUCCCAAUUUCUUACGUCUUUUCUACGCCCGAUAUCGAUCGAAAAUUCGGCCCUCGUUUAUCAAUAUCGUAACGUAAGUACCGUUAUCCCGAUUUUCGUCCUUCCCCUCUCUCGUGUAUCUCUCCUCGCGUCUUCUUCCCGUAACUUUUUCUCUUCUCUUUCUAAAUCGGCCCAACGUAUCUGAAAUUCUCAUUUUACCCUAAUAAAGUGUAUUUUCUUUUACACUCUUCUGGACUCACUUUCCGAGCGGGAGGGAGAAAGGAAAAAGAAAGAUCGAUUCGAUAUCGCGGAUCGGUUCGAUCCACGCUCGCACGCCGGGAUAUCGUCAUAAUAUUUUGACGCGAUACGACGAGGGAAAGUGGCGCGUUACGAUGUUUCGUUUCAUCGUCCCGUGACCUGUGGUGAAUUUUUAUUUUCAUUCGUUCCAUUUAUCGAAAUCGAACAAGUACGCACAUACGUGACUCGGAUACCACACGUACACCCUUACCGUGAUUUCGUCCUCGUACGAAUCUUACUCCACGUUGAAUCGUUGCGUUGGGAUCGGGUAACAGGACCGCCGCUGCGGCUUAACGAGUUCAACGAGUUUUUCUCGGUCGACCGUUCGGUAAUUGGGGAUCUGGUGGCACACGGAAUUUCCACCGAUACGAUACUUUUAUCGACGAAUUAAUUCGUAUUGAUUCGCUGUGGCGGAGCACGCGAAAAAAAGAGAGGGAGAGGGGGGAAAAACCCUCGUGUUUUUUCGCCACACGAGUCGAUGACAUUGACGAGUGUUUUCGAGAUAUAUAUUCGAGGUACGGAUCGUAAGAGAUCGCCACUCAUUUUCGUUACUCAUCUUCGUAAACAACGCUCGUGAUUCGCGAAUUUAACCAACAAAAUGGCGAAGGCGUUGAAAUUCGCACGAUGAUCGAAAGAACACGGCGACCGAGCAUUACGGAAUUCUAGAGGGCGUUGAGUCUCGCGUGUCGGUGAAUAAAUAUUAACGACUAUCCGACGAGUUGGAAAGUUGAAAAACGAUAUUUCUGUUAUUCGAAUGGAGAGAGAGAGAGAGAAAAAAAGAUGCGUGUUUAAUAGCUUGGACGAUUACAACUCGAGCACUCUCUUCCUCGAACGAAGAAUUCAAAGUCGAAUCGUCAUCGAAGUUUUAGCGAGUUUCGAGUGAAUCGGAUAAAAUUUAUUUUCCGUCGCUUUGCUUUCAAUUAUUAAACAGAAUUAUUGAUACCGAGCGUGAACAUUAGCGAGCAUCGCGAAAGGUGUUAUCGCGAAUUGGAAAAAAAGAUCCACUUUCCAUUAAACAAAUUGCUUCCCCCGAUGUGCAAAUAUUUAAAAGUAUCCACCUUCGAGCGAGGUGUCGAGGAAGGUAAGGGAUCCGUUUAAUUUUCGGUUCAAAAUUAUCGUUGAUUAAAUUUCGUAUCCGACUAAUUAAUUAAUACGUCGAUCCCACUUUUGUCAAUUUUAUAUAACGAAAAGCGUCGUUAUACGAAGAUUACUCGAUUAUACAUGUUGAAACAUGUACGUAGAUCGGAAGGCAAUAACCACGCACGAGCAUUGCAAGAAUUCGCGUUAAUGGGCGGUGGGAGAAUGAAAAUUGUCGGAUGUUUCCCCGGUUGUUAAACAACCCGGCAGGACGCGCAACGUUUCCUACGUUAGGCGACGAGCAAAGUCCCUCCGGGCUGGUGGGCGUAUUAGCAAAUUCGAUUCGAUGUGGUAACUUGGCCCAACCAGCAGGGAGGGAGGGGGAUAAUGCGAGCGACGACCGCGUUUAAUAAACUUUUUUUCGCGCACGUGGGAGGAUGAGCCCUUUGCGUCGGAAAAAAAAGGAAGGAGGGAAGAAAAAUAUCACGCGUGCGGGAUAAAAGAGAAGAGGGAAGGAACUCGUGUUUCUUCCCAAAGAUCGGAAACUUUCUCGAGAUCCGGUAAAUUCAUUGAUUCCUACUUUCCGACCAAUCAAAACCUCUUCUAUUCGUGCCAAGUUUUAAAACUGUUGUAAAACUCGAUCCAAAGACGCGAGGAGGGAAGCGAACUCGAUUCGAUGGAGUAACUCGAGUCGUUACAACGUAGUCUAAGAUUAUUCUCAAAGGAGGAGAGAGAGAGAGAGAGGGAUUCGGGAAUCAAAGGUAUCGAUCUCCAGAUAUGCCUCCUUCCACCUUAUUUAUCCACGAAUAACGAACGACGAAACGGAUAAAAAUUGCUCGAUCGCGUUUGAUCGUUGCUUAUCCGCCGCUAACCGUACGAGAGGACGGAUAAUAAGCGUAUUCGGGACGAAGAUUGGAAUGGAAAAAGCGAAACGCUGCGGUAAAUGUCGUUUAAAGCCGGGGGAUGGGAAGUUGGACAGGGAGGAGGUUCAUGCGAUUAAUCACUUAGCAGUUUUAUUCGAUUACCCGCGUUCCUACCGGGUCCAGGAUGGCAGCAAGGGGGCGACUAGGAGGAGGAGGAGGAGGAUUUGGGGUGGCUAGCGACAAUGGCGCAGGUUGAAAGGAAAGUUAGAGUGGAAAAGGAGUGGAGGGAGCGCAGAAGCCUCGCUAGUGGUAUUUGAUUUGUAAGCACAACAUCGGCGUUAGAGUCGCGCUAUAAGGUUGCACGUCGAGAGAGAGAGAGAGAGAGAUACGCGCCGUGUUCAUCAAUCAUCGGCGAUAAAAUCCAUGGAAAGAGUCGAUGCUGCCUUCUCGAUAUGCCAACGGCGUAUAUUCGUAUCCGUGUAUCCGUGAUAGAAAGAAAGUGGAUAAGGAAAGGGGGGAGGGGGAAGCGAAGGAGCAGCGCGCGACGAGAGAGAAGAAGGAAAGGGGGAGGGCGAUGUUCGUGGAGCGAUCGGUCCGAUAAUUAGAGUCGAUAUCGAUGUAUUACCAAUUUUUCCUCGCCUCUUCUUCUUCGUCCCACGUGAUUCGCUCGAUUAUUAUCAUCAUUCUUAUAUUCGUACAUACAUUCCUGUCCAAAAUAUUUGUUUUCGCCGAGGAUAGAGUAACGCGCGAGGUUGGUGAUGGAUUACAGGAUUAAUGGUAAAUAUGGUUUGGUAUUGCAGACUAGAAGAAGAAGAAGAAGAAGAAGAAGAAGAAGAAGAAGAGUGAGUGUUGAUGAUCGUAAUAUCGAUGUGAGGGAAGAAAAGUGAGGAUAAAAGAAGAAUCGAUAAGGGAGAGAGAGAGGCGGAAAUCUGGCGAAACGUGAACGGGCGGGUGAUAUGAGUGAAUGCAGGAUCUUUCGUGACGUUAAAUGAUCGAGUUACGGCUCGGUCGAAACGAAUCCCGUCGAUUAACCGGCACGCGAUACCGCCACGAUUAAAACGUGCCCGCUUCGUCCUCUUCCUUGCUUGGUGCGAGAAACCCUCCUCCGCCCGGGAUCGCGUGAAAAGUGAAACAAAGUUGAAUACGAAAAGAAGGGAAAACGGUGUGGCCGAGCAGGAAAGGAAAGUUGGAAAAAGGAAGAGAUGCGGUGUCACCUUCUUUUCCCCCUUGUCGCCGCUUUCUUCCACGCUCUCGUCCACGCUCAAGGAGGCCCGCGAACAUUUUCUGCUAGGCCUUACCGAGGAGGGCCGAUCGUGACGGCGAGGGCUGUUCUUCAAGGUACGGCGGAAUUACCAUGCGACAUUCGCCCCCCUCGACAAAAUGAUUCUGCGAUAUUAGUCGUUUGGUACAAAAGCGAUAUCACGCCUAUAUACAGUUACGAUAUGAGGGGUAAACAGUCUGAAAAAGAUUCACACUGGAACGAUAAGAAUCAUUUAAACGAUCGUGCCUUCUUCAGAACGGUUACCGAACCGGCCACGUUAAACAUCAAUCACAUCGAAGAAAGAGACGGGGGUGAAUACAGGUGUCGAGUAGACUUUGCCAAGAGCCCCACCAGAAAUUCCAGGAUUCAUCUGACGGUUAUAGUGCCGCCGCAUAAACCGAAUAUCAUCGACGAGCAUGGAACGAUUGUACAAACGAUAACAGGUCCGUACGAAGAGAACGAGGAUAUGAAAUUGCAGUGUCUCGUGUCAGGGGGUCGGCCAGAGCCAAAAGUAAAAUGGUGGCGUGGAGAAAUGCUUCUCGACUCGUCGGACGAACCAGGAGAAUUCCCAUCCCUUCGUAGAAACACUUUAAUAGUAAAGCAACUUUCAAGGGCUGAUCUCCACGCUGUGUUUAUUUGUCAAGCAUCCAACAACAAUAUCAGUCAACCUGUUUCAGCGUCCGUUACCAUUGAAAUGCAUCUGAAGCCAAUGUCUGUAACGAUAUUGAGCAAUGAGCACACACCACUUAGCGCUGGUCGAAAGUAUGACAUAAAUUGUAUAACCGUCGGAUCGAGGCCACCAGCCAAGUUAUCUUGGUACAUGAACGGAAAGAAAUUGAAUAAUCACACGGAGAAGGUGUCUCAAGAUGGAAACACGACCAGUUCCACGUUAAUCCUGAAACCAACUUUAUCCGAUCACGAUAAAAUGAUAACUUGCCGAGCUGAAAACUCUAAGAUUCAACGAAGUAUAAUGGAAGAUACGUGGAAAUUAAACGUAUUUUUCGUUCCAAUUUUACAUCUCAAGUUAGGAUCGAAUAUGAAUCCGGACGACAUCGAAGAAGGCGAUGACGUAUAUUUCGAAUGCAAGGUCCAUGCAAAUCCUAAUGCUUACAAGGUCAUAUGGAAACAUAACGGAAACGUUAUUCAGAACAAUGCGAAAAACGGUGUGAUAGUGCAGGAGUACAGCUUGGCUCUGAGGAAAGUGAAUCGUUCUCAAGCAGGCAAUUACACUUGUAUCGCUAGCAACGUAGAGGGAGACGGUUACAGCAAUACGGUCGAACUUAAAAUUAUGUACAAACCUAUAUGCUUGCCGGAUCAAAAACGGAUUUACGGCGUAGCGCGUCACGAAGACGCCCGGAUAAGUUGCAACGUUGAAGCGUAUCCACCGCCGGACAGUUUUCGUUGGACGUUCAAUAACACGGAAGAAAUGGUGGACGUGUCCGAAUCGAAGUACAAGAACUCGACGCGCCGUAGUCAGAGCAUCCUUGUUUAUCGGCCGAUGACGGAGAUGGAUUACGGCACGGUCUCGUGUUGGGCGAGUAACACCGCCGGCCAACAGAACAACGCAUGCGUGUUUCACAUCAUUCCAGCCGGAAAACCCGAGUCUCUGUACAAUUGCACGUUGUCCAAUCAAACGACCGAGUCUCUCUCGGUGGAGUGUUGCGUCGGUUUCGACGGUGGCCAACCGCAACACUUCCUUCUCGAGGUGUUCGACCAGCAAACGGGAAUAUUGCAAGCAAAUAUCACGUCGAAAAGGAACGCCGCUUUCACCGUUCGCGAUUUAGAGGCUGGAAAAAUUCUCAAUAUGGUUUUGUACGCUGUAAAUGCAAAAGGGAGAAGCGAGCCGACCUCGUUGGAAGGAUUCACGUUAAAGGUCGCUGAGAAACAGACUGGUAUACCGGUACCGUUUGAGAUCACUCCGUUAUUAGGAGGACUGAUCGGUGUAGUGACCGCGUUACUUUUCGUUACCGUAGCUACUCUGGUAGCUAUGAAGAUAAGAAACGAGAGGAGGGCUCAGAGACCGAGCGAUCUACCGUUAAAGAAGAGUGCCGUUCCUAGUUCCGAGGAUUUGUACGAUACCGACGACAGAAAUCCGGACGUUGUCCCCAUAAACAAAGGUGGUGUUAAAUUUAAAGGUUCGGAUUAUCAAUUGACGGGAUCGAUAUCCGGCACUCCGUUGGCAACGCAGAGCACGCCGGAUAGACUUCCAUCGACUUCGCUCUCUAUACAACAAGUGACUCAUCUGCAAGGUUUAUCGCCGUAUUCGCAAGAGUAUAACAAUUAUCCAACAUUGUCGUUGUCGAACGAGGUUACGUACGCCGAACUGUGCCUGUCACGGCCAACGGCAUUGUCGACUUUGGCAACCGACACCAAGUUGACGGGUAUCGUAAGCGGAAUCGGGAGUUUAAGCACCCUGGAGGGUUACGGAAAACCGUGCACCAGAGAAACGACGAUUUACGCUUGUAUAGAUCACAACACGAGGUCGUUGAAAGGCGAUCCCUCGCCGCCUCCUUUGCCGUUCACAUUGGCGCCACUGUCGACGAGAAGUACGUUUCAAGACUGUAACGUUUCGACCAUGAGUGGCAAACAUCCGACCAGAGAGGUUGUCACCGUUCGUACACCGUUGAUAUCGACCCAAGAGAGUUGCGUAUAGGGAUGCGAUUCCGACGCGCUAAAUAUCAACGAGUACUACGUUUGAUCGUGUGAUCAAUCUGCGCGUCUAGUUUACGAAAUUUAUGGUUAUUUCUUUAACCAUUUGUCCUACCAUGAUGAAAAUCUACCACGCACACGCACACACGUAUACACAUAUACAGACGGAUACAUGCAUCAUACAUACAUACAUACAUACAUACGUACAUACAUGCGUACUCGUGUAUAUAUGCUAUUUAAUACCUAUAGGAUAAGCGUGUAAAGUAGUUAACAAAAUCAAUGUCGAGUGGACUGAUCAAUCGUUAAUUGUCGAAUAUUAAUUGUGAAACAAAGUAGAGAAUAAAUACGAAGGAACAAUGAAUCGUCUUAAUCGUAUUUAAUGAUAAGAGCGUGAUAUUAUUGUUAAUCCACAAAUUGUUCAAGGAUAUUGAUCGGUUACAUUGAAAUUUGUUCAAUAAGACUGAUUUGAAAUUUGCGAGCGCUCCACUUAUUCCACUAAAGAACUAAAAAAAAACUGUUUUUUGCUGCUAUUAAAAAUGCGAGAAAAAGGGAAAAAAAAGAAAAAAAAAGAAGAAAGGAAAAGGAAGAAAAAGUGUCAAAUAAGUUGCGGCCGCACGAUUUCAGGAUAUGUAUUUAAUAAAAGAAUGACGAUCGUUUCGUACGUACGUAAAAUCUUUUUUCACGGUGUUAUUGUAAGUUUUACAAGCGCAAAAGUUGCGUAAGGAACGUGUCGUGAUUUAGAAAUUAUUUUUCAACUUAAUUGUGCGUGAUAUAUUUUGAACUACGGAACGCGUAGAUAAUCCAACAUCACAAUCUUUUUUUCGAUACCCCACAAACUCAAACACGCGCAACACGAUCGAUAAUAUUCGUUUCGCUUCCAAUGAUUUUACUCGAUAAAAUUUCUCGUAUGAAACUCUCUCUGUUACUCUUAAAGGAGACUGUGAUGUUGAGAUAAACGACCAGAGGAUUAGGACCAGUUUAAUUUUUCUCUCUUAUAUAUAUAUUUGUUAAUUAAUAAAUCGAUUAGAACUAGUCUAUCGGUAAUCGAAGAUGAGUAAAGUUUCUUCUUUAUUUCUUAUAGAGAACAUAGGAAUUCCAAGUUGUUCGGUCUAACAAAUGUGUAAAUAUUUUAUACCUAAUAAAACUUUCUUCCCCAUUUUUUGAUAA